AGAUAUCGAUAUACGUGCAUUCCUUACAAAACGUGUUAUCGUAUUGUUCUGCCAAUUGUGCAACGUGUUUGAGCGAAUCUGCGAGGAAACGACUAAAAAUGAAAGUAGAGGCAUUGGACAAAUUCUGGGCUGACAAGAGCCGCUACGAUCUUGCCGAGAAGCGAUUCUACGAGGGUCCCCAGAAGGUAACUGAUCGCAGCCACUACAGCCCAUUAGUAAGCGAAAUCGCAAAGGCUAGGGAACACAUACAGAACUCGCUGGAAAAGAUCGAUGGCGUUACUCUGGACGAUGGCUUACAGUCCGAGCUGGCCAAGCGUGUGGCCCAAUUGGAGGGUGAACACAAUGAGUUGAAGACCCAGGUUACCUUGUUGAACCAACUUUUGACUGCCACAGUGAAGCGCUUGGUCGCCGUGGAAGGUCAGCUGAAAUUGACGAAUGGAGAGUCGAAACAGCCCGAGGCCGAAGCGAAAAAACCAGAAGCAAAUGACGACGAUGACGAUGUGGAUCUAUUCGGAUCGGAAAGCGAGGAGGAGGACGGAGAGGCGGCCCGCAUUAGGGAGGAAAGGCUGGCAGCCUAUGCUGCCAAGAAGGCCAAGAAAGUUCAAAUUAUUGCCAAAUCGAACAUCAUUCUGGAUGUUAAGCCGUGGGACGAUGAGACCGAUCUGAAGGUUAUGGAGACGGAAAUCCGCAAAAUCACCCAGGACGGUCUACUGUGGGGAGCUUCCAAAUUCGUGCCAGUUGCCUUUGGCAUCCAGAAGCUGAGCAUCUCAUGCGUGGUUGAGGAUGAUAAGGUUUCCAUCGAUUGGCUGACUGAGGAGAUCGAGAAACUGGAGGACUUUGUCCAAAGUGUUGACAUCGCUGCGUUCAACAAAAUCUAAGGAGGAGUAACAUAUAUUUUUACAAUUCACGAUCGGAUUUGCCUCAUUACAAAUGUGUUUUCGAGUCAUCUAAAUAAAUAUUUUGAUAAAAACAACUUAA